AUGGCGCAGCAAGGAAAUCAGGCAAAGUUCUGCUGUUCGAUCUGUCUGGAUCUGCUGAAGGAUCCGGUGACUAUUCCCUGUGGACACAACUACUGCAUGAGCUGCAUUAAAAGCUUCUGGGAUGAGGAAGAUCAGAAGAAAAGCCACAGCUGCCCUCAGUGCCGCCAGACGUUCAAACCGAGGCCUGUCCUGGUGAAAAACACCUUGUUGGCAGAGUUAGUGGAGGAACUGAAGAAGACUGGACCCCAAGAUGCUCCAGCUGAUCACUGCUAUGCUGGACCUGGAGAUGUGGCCUGUGAUGUCUGCACUGGGAGGAAGCUGAAAGCCCUCACGUCCUGUCUGGUUUGUCUGGCUUCUUACUGUGAGCAGCACCUUCAGCCUCACUAUGAAUCUCCCACUUUUAAAAAACACAAACUCGUUGAGGCUUCUGUUAAACUUCAGGACACCAUCUGCUCUCAUCAUGACGAGGUGAUGAAGAUCUUCUGCCGCACUGAUCAGCAGUGUAUCUGUUAUCUCUGCUCAAUGGAAGAACACAGAGGCCACGACAUGAUCUCUGCUGCAGCAGAAAGGACAGAGAAGCAGGAGGAGCUCAGGAAAAGACGGCAAAAACUUCAGCGGAGAAUCCAGCACCGAGAGAAAGACGUGAAGGAGCUUCAGCAGGAGGUGGAGACGAUCGAUCGCUCCGCUGAUAAAGCAGUGGAGGACAAUGAGAAGAUUUUUACUGAGUUGAUCCGUGUGAUCGAGAAAAGAAGCUCUGAUGUGAAGCAGCAGAUCAGAUCACUGCAGGAAACUGAAGCGAGUCGGGCCAAAGAGCUUCAGGAGGAGCUGAAGGAGGAGAUCUCUGAGCUGAAGAGGAAAGACGCUGAGCUGGAGCAGCUGGAGGGCACAGAGGACCACACCCAGUUUCUCCACAGUUGCCCCUCACUGUCACAACUUACUGAGUCUACAGACUCACCGAGACCAAAAACCAACAGUCUGCGGUACUUUGAGGAUGUGACGGCAGCCAGAGAUAAAAUACAGGCCUUUUUUACUGAGACAUGGUUUUUAGUGGAGACCACAACCAGAGCUGACUUAUUAAAAUAUGCAUGUCACAUCACACUGGAUCCAAACACAGCACACAAAUAUCUGGUUUUAUCAGAGGGGAACAGAAAAAUUAAAUUUGAUGUAAAUAAUUUAGCAUAUUCUCAACAUCCAGACAGAUUCAUUCACAUAUCUCAGGUCUUGAGUAAAGAUGGACUGACUGGACGGUGUUACUGGGAGGUGGAGAUGAGCAGGAAUACUGCAGUAGCAGUCGCUUAUAAGAGUAUUGGCAGGUCAGGGGACUUCAAUGCACAUGUAUUUGGAUACAAUGAGAAGUCUUGGGUAUUAAAUUGUGGCAGUAUCUAUAAAUUCAUACAUGACAACCUUUCAACUGGCAUCUCAGGUCCUAAAUCCUCCAGAAUAGGCGUGUACCUGGAUCACAGUGCAGGUCUUCUGUCUUUCUACAGCGUCACUGAAACCAUGACUCUCCUCCACAGAGUCCAGACCACAUUCACUCAGCCGCUCUAUGCUGGACUGUUUCUUGGUGGUUUUAAUGGAGACACUGCUGAGUUGUGUAAACUCAAGUAG